GGAGUUUGACACCUGUGCUGCAAGCUGUCUCAGAGGAACGGGCCGGCGUUGUUGUGCUUCAUUUGUUUCAGCGAGUGUCUCUACGAGUCUUUCUGAAGCAGACAACGCGCAAGCCAAUGCUUGGAGCGUGUUCCUUUUCAUGUGGCAGCCGCUUCUUCCCACAGAGAACAUGCGGUGUGCUUUUGAAACUGCUGCAUCACUGUUUACCAACACGCAGGGCCACCCAUCCACCCUGACACAGAUAAAGAAUGCAUCAGAAAACACACUUAAUUGUGCCGGGGUCCGAUUCGGUGAGAAGGGGGUCAGUUAUUUUUGUGUUUGACUGAAAAACGGCUCCCGACGAGCGAUGUUGCUCAAUCUUUCCUUUCGUGGAAUUUGUGAAAAGGUCUCUUUAUGCAGAAGAGGAGAGCGCGGUUAGUGAGGUAUGGGUCAGCUAGACCUCAAAUUUCCUUUGCAGGCAGGUGCAGCUAAUCUACAUGACUACACAGAGAAAAGUUUGCACAUAGAACCCAAGUCAACUGGUUAUGUUGAGAAAGAUUAGGGAGCAAAACCAAACAGAUCAGAUUGUGUAACUAAUCAGAGUGACUGCUUCUUAGUUGAGGAACUUUAGUUUAGUGUUGAACUCUAAAGGGGAGGCGUAGGAGGCAGUGGGUGGUGAAUGCUCUGACAGCUUCUUGGGUUCGACGUGAAAAGGGUUUCUCAGACACAAGUCCACACCUCCUUCAGUUCAGAGCAGUCAGACUCGCAGACAACUCGUCCUCCCAGUAGGGUCCUGCACCAUGAGCCGUGACCAGAGGUACCCGUUCCCUCAGGUGUUCCUGGUGGACGAGGGCGGAGGUCAGCGCUCGCCGGCGACGCCGCCGAACCUCAUCCCCUGCUGGUCGUUCCCUCAGGCCCGGGAGACCGUGAGGAGCCACAGCAAGAGCCGAGGCUGCAUGGGGGUCAGCUGCAGCGUGGCCAUGAUAGUGCUGAUGUUGUUCCUGCUGGUGUUCGCCGCCCUGGGCUUUGAAGCCUGGCAGAUCCUGAGACUCCAGGAAAAACUCAAAGAUGUGGAGAAGGUUGAACAUGACCUCGUGACUGAGUUUCAUGCACCCCAGAAGCAAAUUGGUCUCUAUAACCCCGACUCAAACGGAGAAGAGAAAACGAAGAAACCUGCGGCUCAUGUUCUCGGGCGCAUUGUGCAUCAACCGUCCCAAAUGACUUUGCGAUGGGAACCGAAAGCAGGCCAGGCCUUCACGUCCGGGGAGGUCGCUUACAAAAUCGAAGACGGCGCCCUGCAGGUCAACGAGUCGGGGCUCUACCACGUCUACUCUCGAGUGGAGCUGAUCUUCAAGAACUGCCAGCCCACGUCCUCGUUCGAUCACGUCGUGUUUGUGAGGCGAGCAGGACAGUCCAAACUCCUGACUCUGAUGGAAGCCCACAGGUCGGGUUUCUGCGUCCAGAAACCCAACGGCCCGUGGACUGCAGAGAACUACCUCGGCGGCGGCCUGCAGCUGAUGAAGUUCGACAGGGUUUACGUGAACGUGUCGCACCCGACCUAUCUCAGCCACUCACAUUAUGGCAACUUCUUCGGUCUGUACAAGAUCUGAAGAGUUUCGAUUGUUUCAGCUCUGUUUCAUUGUGCCGUAGUUUUGUUCUGAAUCAGGAGGAAAGCUUACUCAUAACUUCCACAAAGAGAUCCUUUGAUUGUAUUUUUUUUCUUAUCUGUUAUACCUGGACUAAAUAUAUUCUGUUUUGCAAUAUAGAAACCCAAAGAUGGCGGUGCACUUUUUUUGUUCAUUGGCAGCUCAAAGCAAAACAGCACAGAGAAAUAAACAGCAUUUUUACACCUCAGUUUUUUGCUUUCAUGAAAAAUGUCGAGUUAGUUGACACUAAGAUGCUGAUUUAGUUGUAGCAUUUUCAGUAUUUAUUUUUGUAUGUAUGCCUGUGAUGUAGGAUGGGUGUUUUAUUUUCUUUAAAUAAUAAUAAUAAUAAAUAAAGGAAUUUAUUAAGCAGAUUUCUGUGUGUUGAAGCAAAAAUAAAAUGAUGAAUGUUUUUUG